CGGCAGCGGCGCCGGGUUGGCCGAGCAGCUGUCCCUGCUUGGGCGGUUUGAAUGCCAGUCAGCUGGAGGAUUGCUGGGUGGAUUGGAGUGGUGGUUUCCGCCGCUUUCCAGACACAGCAACUGCAACAGCGAAGACGGCGACGGCGGUCGUGCCGGCGGCUCUGCCGGCGGCUGCGGUACGGAUGACUGCGGCGGCGGAGGCGGUGGCGGCGGCGGUUGGCCUAGGUGCAUGGAGCGCUGUGCUGUACUGUGGGUGGAUGGUCGCAUAGGCGCGGUGAUGCCGGUCCGAACGUACGGCAGCAGCCUGGCUGUGCUCCAUCUUCCCGCCAUCCACCCUCGCCACACCUCGGCCGAACCCGCCGCGCUCCUGCUCCAAGCCGUGGAGGCCGCGCUAGCUGCAUGCGGCGUCAGGACCCUUCUGCUCGCCCUCACACCGGCGGCGGCGCAUGGCAUUGCCGUACGACAACAUGUGCCGUACGACAAUCUGCUGCUGCCUGCUGAACGCCUGGCGGCGGAGGCGGCCGCUGCAAGUACCUCCGACAGCACUACCGCGGCGGCGGCGGCGGCGGGGGCCUGGCUUGGUUGCUUGGGCUACACGCCAGCGAGGGGCGGCUGGUUGGAGGCCGCUGAUGUGGACGUCCAUGCGGUGUGCAGGAUUGAGCCGCCGCCGCCGCCGCCGCAGCAGCAGCAGCAGCAGCAAGAGGUGCAGCCACUGCUUGGUGACGGGGACGUAGAUACUGUGGAACGUGAGGUGGGGACACGCGGCGGCCGCUUGUUGUUCCGUGGCAAGGAGUUGCCAGAGCCCCCUAGCAAGGAUGACACCAACAACAUCCAGCCGUGUCUUGCAAUGCCUGGCCCCAACAACACAACCGACACGGCCGCUGCCGCCGCCACUGAUGGUGGCGCAGCCUGUGGCUCCAGAUCUGCCGACGGCACGGUGGCAGCAGCGGGUCGCCACGGCUGCGACAGCUCCUCCGUCGUACCUGCAUUAGUAUUGUCGUACAACAUGCAAGAAGAAAAAGAAGAAGACUCCCCUGGGGCCCGAGCACUGGGCGAGCACGGCAGCGGCAGGAGCAUCCCUGCAAUGGAACCCCCUGCCGCUGACGUUAUCAACAGUGAUGGCGGCGGUGGUGGUGGUGGUGGUGAUGACGGAGCGGCUGUUGGACCGCUGUUGGUUGGUACGGCAGUAACCCCUGGCGGCGACGGCAACGGUAGCGGCACCCCUGUGGUUCGUGAUGAUAACGAUGAUGCCGGUACGAUCGAAUCCGCUAGGUGCGACACCGCGAUUGACACCCGUGGUGCUAGACUCCAUGAGACGGUUGAAGCUGGCCUCGGACAUGCGGCUGCACCUGCUGGCGGCGGCGGCGGCGGCGGCGGCGAUGAAACCGGCGAUGGCGGCCCUGCUAGCCGCGGCGGUGGCGGAGCCGGAGACACACGCGUCGGAGGCGCCCCGGGCGGCCAUAGUCGUGACGAUGGUGAUGAUCAUUCCUCCGGUGCGUGCGUGGCGACGGCUUCCGACGGACCCCCGGACGGACCCCCAGACGCUCCCGCCGUCAGCGGUGCUGGAGCACGUGGCGCAGUGAGCAGCCUAGAAGACCGGCGGCUCCCUUAUGAGGCGGAUACAGCACCGCCUGACACCUCUGCCGUUCAUUACAACGCCGUCACUCCCGGCGUUGUCGCUGUUAGGGUUGCGGCAGCUGCAGCAGACGCCAGCAGGUCUGUCACGCGGCCUGAGCGGGGUGCUGCGGCUGCUACCGCUGCUGCUGCCGCUGCUGUUGAUGAAACUGGGCGCUCCCCCGCUAUCGCCAUCACGGCUGGGCUGGACAAUGGGCCUGCUGGUGCUGCGGAUCAGGGGGUUGAGGGGGUUGAUGCUGAUUGCGAGGAGGAGGCGGAUCCGCUAGCAAUGUGCGACGACGAGGAGUACCUUGAGGAAUAUGAAGAAGAAGCAAUGCAGCAGCAGGACUGCCCGGACAAGGAGCUGCUGCCGCCACCGCCACCACCGCCGCCGCCGCCUCAGCAGCAACAGCAGCAGCAGGAGCAGCAGGAGUCAGGGCGCGAGGGCCGCGUUGUCGCAGCGAGCGACGAUGCUCGUAGCAGCGGCAGCUGGGGCUCCCGAAGAGGAGGAGGUGGAGACGGUGCCGGUGAGCGACGGGAUCAGCUGUUGCAUAUUGGUGGUGAGGCGGCCACGAGGGGUGGUUGCUGCGAGCGGGUGAACGACCCCCAGCAGCAACCAUCCGCUGAGGCGGCAUCGGCAGCGCGCCGGGGCGUGAGGCGAGGGAGCGCGAAGGAUGGUCGCCAGGGCAUGCGGCAGCGCGGAUCUGAGGACGAGGCUGUUGUUGUUGGUGGUGGGGAAGCGAGUGGCGGCCGGCGGGCUGUGGGUCCGCUGGAAACAGCAACGCAGGGUCGACUCGGAGACGACAGGCAGCGGCGGCUGGCGGCAUGGAGACAGCGGCACAGGGAGCUCCUGGCGCGGGACGGCUGUCCUCCGCCCGGCCACUCCGACCGGCCGCCCUCCAACGCCGACGAAGCCCACACCACCGCUGAAGCUCCCUACCGUCGCCGCCUUCACCACCACCAAGAAGACGCGCAACGAUCCAGGGAAUCACAAUCUCGGCACCUGGAGCAGUCCUGGUGGCGCGGAGACCCCCACCACGGACCGGACCCACGCCUGCAGCAGUACAGUUCACCAGAGGGCAGUGAGUCAUGGCGGGUGAGACGGCUGUUAGUAGAGCAGCAGGAGAGAGGGCAGGGAGCGGUGCAGCUGGAGGCGCAGGAUGGCCCCGGGCAACGCACCCUUAACACCCACCCACACGGCCCGCAGCAGCAGCAGCAGCAGCAACAGCGGCAACGGAGGAGCCGCUGGGACCAGCAGCAUCCCGACAGUCACGCCCUGGAUACCGGUCGUUGGGGCGACAUGGGAGGCGACUGCGUCGGGGCUCAUGCCCAGCUCCCGGCCGUGAGCCGGCAGCAGCCCUCCAAUUCAACGGAGGCGCGCCAUUGGGGCUCAGCUGGUCGCUAUGAACCCCAUGAGGGGAGGGACGGGGACAGGGCAGCAGGUGCUGGUGCUGGUGGUGGUGGUGACUGGGGAACACCGCACAGACAGCCGCAACAGCAGUGGGACACCGGUCGCCCGUCGCCGCGGCUGCGACCGUUUCCGGCUCAUUACAAUCGGCCCUACCCGCACCCGCACCCGCACCCUCAGCUAACUGGACAGGAACGUGACCGUGACCGACAGGAGGAGGAUCACCGCGGCUGGGGCGGCAGGCAUGACGGCCCUAGCCGCGGCCACACGGACACGGACAGCUGCCCGGGGCACCUCCGCAGCCGCAGCCGCAGGGCGCCGCUGCCGGAAUCUCCAGGCAGGUGGGAGCUGGACCCCUUCGGCCAGUCGCUGCUACUGGAAGAGCGAGAGCAACCAGGGGUGAGCUGCCCCGAUCAGCGCCUGGCAGUAGCGCGGGGCGGUCGUGCAGGUCAGCGGCAUGACUCGCAGCUACCCCUUCCAGGGCGUAAUGCUGGCGGCAGCGGCGGCGGUUGGGAUUGUGGUAGCGGUGGUGGCAGGCAUGAAGGUCCUGAGGAGCGGCGUCCUCGCGCUUCCGCAUGUAUGGCGAAUGUAGCCGCACUGCCUGAAGACCAGGAAAGGGAGCAGCAGCAGCAGCGCCUGGGCCGCUUUGACCGUAAGGCAACAGGGCCGCAUGGGGGCGGGCAGUCGUACGGCCUGUGGCAUGGGGAGCAACCACAGCAGCGGCAGUACGACGGUUGGUUUCACGGAGGACGAGGAGGACGAGGUUCACGUGAGGGGCCGACAGGGAGCCCUCAUUGCGACCUGCAGGGCCACUGGCAGCGGCACCACCACCACCACCACCAACAGCAGCAGCAGCAAGGCGCAGUGCAACGUCUGCCAAGCGCUGGCCGUGUGCAAGGGACCGACCCACGGGUCCCCCAGCGCCAAUCCCAUGACUCCGGCCCCCAUGAGAACAACCGGCCAGAGGCGGAUGGAAGCCAGGAUCGGACUGCUGGCGGCUUGCGGGAAGCCUCCGACGAUGGGGUGAGGCCGCGGGACGAGGGUGGGGUGAGCGACGCCGAGCCACCCAGCAGGGCCCCAAUGGAAGGUGAGACCCGGGCUGCUGCUCCCGGGGGUGCGAUGUCGCCAGCGGCUGGAGACAAGGACAGGGAGCAGCGCUGCUUACCGCCGCACCUGAGGCAGCCCGCUCGAACCGGCCAGGCUAGCGGCGAUGGCAGCUGGGGCGGAGACGGAGACGGCGGAGGUGCUGCCGGGGGGAACCUGGCGGCGGCGGAAACGACGGUGGCGGCGGUCGCGGCGACGGCGGAGGCGGUGAACGGAACAGCAGCAACAGCAGCAGUAGCAGCAGCAGUAGCGGCGGCGGCGGCGGCUGUACACCCCACCGGCAGCGGAGGCAGCAAAGGCAACGGCGGCGGCGGCGGCAAGAAUCAUGCCCCAGAAGCUCGCCCAAAAGGAGUACCCAAAAGCAGACCCACCUCCUCCCGCUCCAUUCCUUCCUCAACUAGCAAGUCCACGUCAUCCUCCUCUUCCUCUUUGUCAUCUUCGUCGUCGUCAUCAGAGUCUCCAUCCAGCUCGUCAGAUCCUGAUUCGGAUUCAAGAUCCCAUGGAUCCAAGGGUCAUCUCAAAACCAGAACCAGAACCAGGACGCGGGAUUCCCCUUCAGCAAGGACUGGCCCACACACCAGCGCACGCGGGCGCUGCUCUCGACAGGGGCGGCCGUUGUCCCGGUCGCCGUCUCCUAGUAAGAUGAGGAGGAGGAGAAGCAGGACGCGAUCUGGUAGCAGAUCAGGAUCCCAACUGCCGGGAUCUAGAUCCAAGCCUAGGGCUCAGCCGCGUUGUCAAGAACCCAACGGAGGGACCCGCAGACAUAGCCCUGGGUUGAGGCCCCACUACCGGCGGUGCGGCUUCCAACUAUCGGUAUGCUCGGGAGCCGCCACUUAGGCCACCUGGCUCAUCCCAAUAGCCCCGGCCAACCUGGAUCUAAACCAAGAUCCAGAUCCCGGUCCCGAUCCCGAUCCCGCCCAUCCCAGUCCCGGUCCCGCAGUAAGGGACGGCCCUCCUCCCCUCCUCGUCCCCCUUCACCCAGCCCUCAUCGCUACCCAGGGUAUCGUGGAGGACCUCCCCACAUCCGCGCUGGCGGCAGCAGCCUCCGCCGCCGCCGCCGCCGCUGCAGCACCUCCUCCUCCUCCGACAGCUCCUCUCGCUCCACCUCUCGUUCCGCCUCUUCACCCUCGCCGGAGCCCCGUCGCCGCCGCCGCAUCCAGGACGCAGCAGGAGACAGCCACGCUCGCAGCAGUAGCAGUAGCAGCAGCAGCAGCUCUUCGGAACGCUCCUCCUCUCGCUCAUCAUCCCGCAGGCGCUCCGCUAGCAGAUCUCAUUCCGGUGGCUCCGCAACCACCUCCAGCACGAGCAGCGGAUCCGAAACCAACAAGGGUUCCAAGCGCAGACGGCGAUCCACGUCCGAUUCCGGUUCAACAUCAAGAUCAAGAUCAAGGUCACGAUCCAGGUCGCCGCCGUGGACGCCGUUUGGACCUCGUUGGAAAGGUGCUGCAGGGGCGGCUCCUGCCUCGGCCCAUCAUGGGUCACGUCACCAUCACCAUGCACACGGGGAAGCGUGGUCGGGGCGGCAGUAUUAUGUUCGAGGAGCCGGAGGGAGGUCAGGAGGACCCGGAGGAGGGUCAGGUGCAUGGGGGCAUCGUGGAGGCAGGUUUGGGCCCUUUCGCGGCGGACCCAUGGGUCGAGGACGCGGAAGGACACGCGGUGGUGGCGGUGGUGGUGGUGGCGAACAUGGUGGUGGUGGAGGGCGGCAGCAUCAUCCCGGUGGUGGAGGGCUGCAGCGAGGCGCCGGUCGGGGGUUCCAUGCGCCGCAGGAUCGCUCCAAUCACCGCCAGCAGGGGCGGGGGCAGCAGCAGCAGCAGCAACAUUCUGAGCAGCAGCGGCAGCAAUGAUGGGAGCGUUGGGAUGGGGCUGACGAGGACCGCCAGCAGCAGCAGCGGCGGCGGCGGCAAGAGCGUUUGGAGCGGCAUGAUUGGCGGGAUGAUGAGGGGCAGCGGCAGCGGCAGCAGCAGGGUGAGGGCCAUGAUGGGUCGCCAGCAGGACGGCAACAGCAGCAGCAGCAACUACACCAGCAGCAACAGAGCUCGUCCAAGGAUGAAGGGCAUCGCCGCUAGCGCCACACGCUGCGCAGCGCAUCCAGCCGCAUGAACGGCUGUGUCAGCCGUGGGUGGCCGAUGCACAGCUUGGUAGCAGUUUGGGUCAACCGCCGCCUCUGCGGCCUUGUCGCUGCCAACCGCAGGAUGAGGAAGAGGGCGAGGUUGCUCAAUGACGGUUUCGAUGUAGGGGCAGGAGCGGAGCUACGACGGGGGGGACGAUAUGAAGGAGGAAGAGGACGAGGGGUAUGGCAGCAAGCGCUCCGGGGCUAAGGUGGUGGCGGUUCUGGUAGUGGGUGGAGUUGGAUGCGUGGGCGGGCAGCAACAUGCCGCGUCAAUGAGUACAUGCAUACCGCCACAGGCUGCGAAAGCCGUCAACUUGCAUUGGUUGUUAUCAGUUGCGUUGUCCGGUUUUGAACAUGGAGGCUGUCCGGUCGCCUCUGUAGUAGCGUUCAGGUGGGUUAUCUACCUCCUCGGGUGGCGUGUGUUCGCAGGCUGUAAACCAAUGCUUGUCAAUGCUACUGUAGGGUUUCGGAGCGCUUCCGUACAUACACUGCGCACGGCGGUUGCUACUUAUGUUGAUGUUCGUGACGUUUCUGAAGACCUGAUAGUAGGUUUGUCUCGAAGAGGAUUAUACUUUUACGGAACGUUUGUUGUUCAAUCUUGACAUGACUCGCUGGCAGGCGAGGGACGUGAUUAUUGGUUUCAAGUGAGUUCGGCUUUGUUGAAUGUGACCGCUGGGACGUUUGAGGACAUGCGACUAUGCCCCGUGAUACCCCGAGUGAAAAGUUACACAACUUUGCAAGCAAUGGUGUGCGAAAAGCGUUAAUCAUUAGGUACUUUGGCCCUCCGCUGCUGUUGGAGCCACACCGCCGCCGCCACCGGAUCCCGGGGCCUCAGGAGGUUCCCCCCUAGCAAUGGUUUCGCGACUCAGGGGCAGAGUCAAGGCCAAGAGCUGCCCUGGGGCCCUAGGUGUCACGGCUGCUGCCGUGUAGUGCCGUAAGGUGCCGAUACAUUACACUUCGUGCACUCAACCUUCACUACCGGAUAGGCACCUAAGGAUGCCUGUAUUGAUGACUAGGGAUGCCUGUAUUGAGACUUGAAGCACAGGGAAUGGUGUAAUGGGGUGUUAUCCAAGCACGUUUGACCACCCCAGGCUUAGCAGAUGUCGGAGGCUAUGGACUGCUGUUACUGUCCAGCGCACUUGGUUCUCAGAGCGGGAAGGAGUAAUAGCGAAGGAGGUAGGGGUUAUUGACCGUCUAGAGAGUGUGAAGGGUGCAUGGAGUGGCG